AUGUCCGCUAUGCCGAGAAGCGAGACAGAUGCAACUGCCGAAGCCAGGAUGCCGGGGAGAAGCGCGACAGAUCCAAGUGUUUCGAGCUCCGGUAUGGCUAGGAGCAGUGCCGAGGCAGUACCGCGUGCAAGGACCACCGGAAGCGGGCCACCAUGCUUCGGGGGCAAGGUGGAUGUCCUCGUGGCUGGCGGCUAUGACUAUGAGCGCUUCAUCUUUCAGCAACAUGCUCAGCGAUUGGGUGUUGACGAUGCUCUGGAGUGUUGCACUCAGCAGGAAUUCCGGGCAGCACUCUUCAAAUCGCAGAGGUGCAAUAAAGAACUCCCCCUUAUUGUCUUCCUUGGCAGUGAGUCGUGGCUCGAGGACUUGAAAAAGCAUGACCUCAGCAAAAGGCUACCGUUUGUUGUAAACAUAGAUGCACGUGGGUGGAGAAGUCCAGACUCUUACCACGAGCACCUUCUCUCGUCAUGCACGAGGAAUGAGGUCGCAGCUUUGCUUAGCAGAGUUGUCGGCUGCCUAAGCCUAUCAGACAGCGAUAGUGUGUGUGCCAGCGCAUCCUGA